AAGAAGAAGGAGCCGAAUUGUGGCUGGGCUACACUGCUUUAAUUGAAUGAGGCUAAAGAACAGCUAAAGUUUGUGUUUUUGCUUUUAAAAUAAUAAAAGGAAAUACUUCCAGUAUUCAGUCAGAAAGUCUGAGACUGAGGGGUGACGAGCUGGCGCAGGUUGUGGGCUGUCCGUGGACAAUGCGAGACAAUGGCGGUAGCCUGGCCCAGAACCGCUGGCAGGGGGACCUGGGGCUGACUGCUGUGGGGCAGGACAGCACUGCAGGAGGGGGGAUUCCUGGAGACCACCUCAUUGUCCCUGUGUCAGGCCACAGUGUAUCCAGCCCCAUGCACAUCAGGCUGGCCCAGAAAGAAAAGCUUUGGACAGGAGAAUUUGUAGAAGAUGAGGAAGAGGAUGGGCCAGAUGAGAUUGAAGCUGUUGGUGAUGAGGAAGAAAUGAACAAUCUGUAUGAAGAUGACGUAGAGGAGCAGGACGGCAAAAGCUGGCAGAACAACGGAGAGGAGGAAGAUGGGGAUGAGGCGGAAGAUAGUGAGGAGCAGGAAAAGGAGGAAUGGGAAGUCCCAGACCUUUCCUGUCAGUCUGCCCCAUACAGCCAACUACCACAGCCCCAGGCUCAUGGACCACAACAUGGGGCAGAACAACUUGGUGAGCCAUGUGUCGAGAACAUUGUCUCCCAGACUGAAGUCCGUGACUCUUUUGGAUCCCGGAUCAACAACUACCAGGCCCGGAAGAGGCUCAAACGCUUGCGGCAUGUAUGUUUCCACAAAGACCUGGCCAAGAACUGGAAGAGGUGGCGACAGAAGGCCCGCUGGACCAAAACGGUGGGGGCCCAGCGGGGCCGAAGAGGGCAAAAGCACAGCUUGUUCAGCAAGCAAAAGAGGACAAAAAGACCUUAUCACAAAGAUGAAGGGGAUGACAGCCAAGAGGAGCAGUUAACAGGUCUGCAGUUAAACGGCUCUUCAGACAAGCAGGAUGAGAAACUGAGGCGGGAAGUGGGAGUGAGACCGAUGGAAGUGGCUCUCAGUGAAGAACACACAAAAUAUAUAACCGGCGUUCUUGAAGAGUCUCUGCAGCAGUAUGGCAGUUUGAUUCCUAUCCAUCUCGAUGACGUCGUGGGAAAGCUUCAAGACGUUUUCCAUGAGAGCUUCUCACAGCCACACAGGAAAGCGACGGUCCAGCAUCUCAUUCAGACCUUCCAGCGUUCAUCUGGAUCGGCCGUGGCUAAAACAUUCAGAGUCAACUAUAAGCGCCACGUUUUGACCAUGGAUGACCUGGGCACUUUGUAUGGUCAGAACUGGCUCAAUGACCAGAUUAUGAACAUGUACGGUGACCUCGUCAUGGAUUCUGUUCCAGAUAAGGUCCACUUUUUCAACAGCUUCUUUUAUGACAAGCUGAGGACAAAAGGAUAUGAAGGAGUUAAACGGUGGACAAAAAAUGUGGACAUCUUUCAGAAAGAUCUGCUGUUGAUUCCCAUCCACUUGGAGGUUCACUGGUCGCUGGUCAGUGUUGACAUUCCACGGCGUACCAUCACCUACUUUGAUUCUCAGCGGACCCUCAACAGGCGCUGUCCAAAGCAUAUUUUCAAGUAUCUUCAAGCCGAGGCCAUAAAAAAAGACCAACGAGACUUUUUGACGGAUUGGAAAGGCUUUUUUAAAAUGAAUGUGGGUCGUCAGAACAAUGACAGUGACUGUGGAGCUUUUGUGCUGCAGUACUGCAAGUGUUUGGCACUAGGACAGCCAUUUAACUUUGGGCAGCAGGAUAUGCCCCGACUAAGGAGGCAAAUGUACAAAGAACUGUGCCACUGCAAGCUCACUCUGUGACCUUGCACCUCUAUCUCACCUGGAUCCUAACAACACAGAGGGACAACAAUACAUCAGUCUUUUUUUUUUCCCUUUUUUUUUUCCCUCUGUUUGCCUUUUGAAAACUGGUUUGGAGUUCACACAUCACAGCUACUUUACCGUCUUUGACAGAGACGGUAAGACAAGGUUCCGUUCUGUGAUUGGCUUAGGCAGCUUGUCCUAAUUCACUUAUCUCUCAUAAACAGUAUGAAGGUGUAGAAAGACUCCAGGCCAGAAACAGCUUGUCCUGCAGUAAAACCUGCUUUCAUGUAACAAACUAUCUGAAGCAGUUUAUGUAAGCUUGUGAUUGAACACUUCCUGUGAGUUUUCCAUUCAUUUGAUUCAUCUCUGCAGGUGAUGUUUUAGCAAUUCCAACACUAACACCACAGAAAAGAAACUGCUAGAGCCGGUUUUUGGACAUUGUCAUCUGUGUAGUACAAUGUGGCGUUUUGAUGUAUAUUCUAUUUUUGAAGCGAUCAGUCGGCGUUUCUUGGCAGGAUUGAAACUGAUGAAACUAUUGUAUUCUGCUGCUGGAAACCAGCUUUCUUGUGGCGCUUGUAGAAGGAAAUAAGAACUUGUAUGCUUUUACCUGACUUGGGUGCCCGAAACUUCCUGCCUCCUCCAGUAAAACGAAUGAAAAAGCUAGAUUUGAAAGAUUGGAUGAAAAGCCGCCCAAAGCAUAUUGAUACAAUGGCCCGGAACCGGGGGUACCUUUUUAGUUUCAUUUAUCUUUUUGUGUUUUUAUUGCUGUCAGUAAAUGUGGUGAUAUACUUAUUGCUUUAAAGAAAUGGUGUAAAAAAAAAACAACAAAAAAAAACAACUUUGUUCUUUUGGAUUAAGUUCCAAAUGUUGUUUAGUAUUUCUUUGAUAAAAGCCAUUUUGGUAAGGACCACAACAGAUACACAACAGGCACAGUAUGCCCACAAUGGAGUUACAGUGCUGCUUUUUUUUUUU